CUUAGACAUCUCUUCCGGGCGCUCAACAACUCCAAGACGGCCCUGCACUUAAGCCUUUACUGAGGGUGCAUGCCCUGACAGUGUGUGCUAGCCAGUAUUCCAACGCUUUACAAGACGAUAACAACUCUAGUGUCUAGGCCUGUGACACUUGCAAGUACAUAAGUGGCUAUUGUUACAUUAUUGCUCCUCCAAUAUACAACAUUGGUGCGCUUGCAUGGAAUACAUAUUAGUCCGUGUACCUGUCAACUCUAUUCGUGCAUCAAUAAUUCCUAUCAUCAUCAGCGGACUAUUAUAGACAGAUCGGGGAGCAGACAGAUUCACGAAGAAAGUUAAAUGUGUUACACGAGAGGUCAAUACUUUUCAGAAUAUGGGGCCCUUGGAGAAGGCAUAUCGUUACUUGAUGGAGGGAAUAGCAGAUCCCAGGGUGGCUGAUUGGCCCCUCAUGUCUAAUCCCAUUCCUCUCACAUGUGUGCUCAUAGCUUAUCUGAUGUUCGUACUUUAUAUUGGUCCGAGGAUCAUGAAAAAUCGACCUCCAUACUCCCUCAACAACCUCAUGAUAUUCUACAAUGUAUUUGUUGCUAUCACAAGUGGCCUAGUAUUUUAUGGCAUACUGACUUCGGGAUUUACUACCAAAUUGUCCUGGGGUUGUGAGUCCGUAGAUUACUCUUUCGAUCCUGAACCCAUGAGCAUGGCGAGAUGGGUUUGGUGGUUGAUGAUUCUCAAAAUGUUUGAACUCGGUGAUACCGUAAUCUUCGUUCUGCGUAAAAAAUUCAGCCAGUGUUCUUUUCUGCACAUCUAUCAUCACGUAACGACCGUCUGCCUUGCUUGGAUCGCUUGUAAAUACGCUCCCGGUGGCAUGUGGACAUUUAUUAUGAUGCCAAACUGCAUCGUUCAUGUUAUUAUGUAUACGUACUAUCUUCUAGCUAGUUUUGGUCCAGCUAUGCAGAAGAUUCUUGCUCCAUGGAAGCCAUAUUUAACCAUGUUGCAAAUGCUCCAAUUUGUGAUUAUGGUGAUACACACGACUCAAGCGCUUCUACCGUCCUGCGAGCCCACGCGUAAGCCCCUGGCUUACAUUUACAUGUCUCAAGUAAUCGUAAUAUUCUAUUUGUUCUGGAAUUUUUACAAAACAACGUAUUUAAAGAGAAAAACCGCCUAGUGUGCAUUAUAAUUUUCGUUGUCAUCGAAUAUGUCAUUUGUGUGCCUUAUUUUGUACUUUUUCUUAAAAAAAGUAAAAGCUUUUUGAUGAUUUUA